CACACACAUACUCAUUAAAAUACACUAAUUCAACUCAGCUCAUUCACAGGCACGGGUCAAGCAGCCUCACAUUUCACCUUGCUCUGCCCCUGGCACACAGGACACAGGCUCCCGUAACUCUGUCAGGUUGGACUGAGGGACCUAGAUGCUCGUGGACAAUUUAACAAGAUCGAGUCAUUUCUUUAGGAUGGAAUUGCAAAGUUCUCAUUCAUCAUUCUGAAGAGCAAGACCGACAGACAGCUGGUUACAAGACCAAAAAGAAACACCUGAGUUUGAAAUUGCUCACUUUCGUUUUCAAGGAUUUUUUUUUACCCUCUCUUCCCAUGUUCCUGCUUAUGGAUUCUGCGUGAGGCAUAGUGCCCAGCGAAGACCCGCAUCAUGCCAACUACUUGUGCGAGGUGCACCUUGGGAGUCUGACCCAUCAUGUGCAAAUGGACACCUACUACCGCUGGUCUCCACUCCAACCUCACCUUUACCGGUUCAGUUCUCCCUUAUUUUCCUUUUCCUUUGGUAUGGCUAUUUCUGCUCUUUCUGGCUUGCUCUGCUCUUGGAGGUUGCCCGCCUGCAUUGGGCCAUGACCCCCUUCAUGCGCUGACACAGGGCACAAACUACUCAUGGACUCUGGAGCGGCAUACACGCAGCUACAACCACCUCGAGGGUGACGUCCGUCUUCGCCACCUCUAUUCCGCCAACAAGUUUUUUCUCUGCAUCGACAAGACAGGCAAGGUGGAUGGCACCCGUCGGAACAAUUACCCUGACAGUCUGAUGGAAAUCCGAUCUGUAAGUGUGGGAGUUGUCGCCAUCAAAUCAGUCAGCACCGGCCUGUACCUAGCUAUGUCCAAAAAAGGAACGCUCUUCGGAUCGGUCAGGUACAGCCCCAGCUGCAAGUUCAGAGAGCGCAUCGAAGAGAACGGCUAUAACACCUACGCCUCGCUGCGCUGGAAGCACAGGGGCAGGCAGAUGUUUGUGUCACUGAAUGGCCGAGGGAAACCCCGCAGAGGUCACAAAGCUAGACGGAGACACCCAUCUACUCAUUUCCUCCCUAUGCUGGCCACAUAGCUGGACUCUUCCUCAUGAGCAAUGCUAUCUGCAUUUAACAAGGACUUAUUAAAUGCUAUUAAGUUCUGUUUUUUUCUGAGUACUGUCAUAAACGGUACAUUAACUUAUUUCUCUGUCUUUUGGCUCAGCUUAAGGCCCAGUAAAGUUUACAGUUUAAAGCAAGUAUGAUGUAUAUACAGGUUCCAUAUUAAUGUUAUUGUUGAGUUAACUAGGCAUUUACUGCAUCUAUCUGUUCUCCUAUUAUGGCAUAUUUCUGAGUGACAUCAUCAACCCAGACUCAUUGUAAAAAAAUCAAAUAAAAUAAAAAAAACAUA